AUGGCCACGAUCCAGGAGGUGCUCGACCAAGUUGCUGCAUUGCCUACAGCGUCCAAGCCUUACAUCAACCCGUAUGCUGGUCAUCGCUCUCUCACCGAACACGAGCAGGAGCUGUUGGGAGAAUACGCUCGUCUAGCCGAUACCAUUCGACGCGUCGCCGCACUCUCCACGCUCCUUUCAUCCUCUUCGGCGCAUGCAAGCCUGCUCACCCAACUGCGCGUGCUCGAACGUAAGAUGGGUCUUGUGCUGACACUCUACAAGGCCUCCGUAUGGGCGACUGUUCAGGAACAGGCAGAGAUGGCCGAGGCCGAAGCGAUGGCUGCUGCGGGCGCAGAUGCGUACAGCAUGGAUAUCAUGGCCUACAAUGCAGAUGCAGCGGCGGGAGGGGGCUACUUUUACAAUGGUAGUGCUACGCCCUCCGAAUCAGGCCAAGGCGACGAUACCGUGGUGAUGCGCCAGCCAGAGUACUGCUGA